AUGCUCAACGCGCGCCCAUUCAAGUGCCGAACCAUCUGUGUCUGGAGCCUGAGCUUCAAGUUGCGGCUGCUUGCCCACCAACUUGAAUGCGGUGAGUCUGGCCGUUUGCUUGAUCUUUUCCCUUCUCACAUUGUCGUCAGUCAAAUGCUUGACUCGCCUUUCAGAGAAACCGACAGCGCACUCGCGAUCGCAUGUCCACCUGAGCUGCUCCGCCGACUCUCUCUAGGCUUUCCCUGCGUGCUUACAUUGCGCCCGAGCUUGCAGAUUUUGUCCUUGUGUGAAGCGCAGAAGCCCCCCAUUCGCAGCUUCACUAUCGACUAUCGAUUCCGAGUCCCGCCUUUAUUUUGGGCCUUCUCGAUGGGGGAUUUUCUGUUUGCUCAGCGGUCUCAUGUCGGUUUUGGACCUGGAAUCUCUGCAUGGAAAAACUGUGCCGACAUGCCAGCCGGCAAUAUCGCUGCUGUUGUAGCGCUACCGCCACCGCCGCCGUCAACCAUGGGUGUACGCGGAGAGUUGUUCUUCAGUGUCUGUGUGCCAUUUGAGCAGGAGCCCACGCCGGUCUCGUGUCGGAAACCUCUGCUCAUACUAGUAUGCAGAAUUGAUGUUGUCGUACAGGGCUGUGGCCACACCUGCGUGAAUGUCUGGGGAACCUCUGCUCGUUCUUUGUCUCGUUGUCAUCGCCGGUGGAGCGGGAAACGAUGGUGGUAG